UUACCGUUUAAAAAAGAAGGCGUCCAAACCCCAAAUAUCUUGCCAAAACCCUAAGGAACUAGCUCUCUCUCUCUGUCUCCUUUCUUCUGGUAAAGAACGUACGCCCAUUUCACUUUAAACACACAGUAGCUAUCUUCCUUCAGCUUUGUCUUACGAAGAUGACGACUCCUUCCUUAGACGAUGAAACGUCUAGUAAAGUCCUUCGACAGGUUGAGUUUUACUUCGGUGAUAGUAAUCUUCCAAGAGAUAACUUUCUCAAGAAAUCUAUAAGUGAAAGCGAAGAUGGAUUGGUUAGUUUGGCGUUGAUAUGUUCAUUUACUCGGAUGAGAAAUCAUCUCAAUUUGGGGGAUGUGAAGCCAGACAAUGUCUCUGAAGAUACUGUGAAGGCCGUUGCAGAAACUCUUAGAAAAUCUACUUUGCUAAAGGUUUCUGAGGAUGGGAAAAAGGUCGGUAGGGCUACUGAAUUGAAGAAACCAGAAGAGUUACUAGAGCAGUUGGAUGUAAGAACAAUUGCUGCAUCACCCUUUGAGUAUGACAUUAAGCGUGAAGAUGUGGAGAGUUUCUUUGGACAGUUUGCUAAGGUUAACAGUGUGAGGCUCUCUCGUCAUGUUGCAGAUAAAAGGGCUUUCUGUGGCACGGCUUUGGUUGAGUUUUCAGCAGAGGAAGAUGCAGAAAAGAUAUUAAAUGAAAGCUUGAGUUAUGCAGGUGUUAAGUUGGACCUAAAACCAAAGAAGGAUUUUGACAUAGAAAGGAGUCAAGAGACAGAGAACUUUGAGAACUCUUCUUCCCUCACAGGUUCAACCAUGAAGAAUGGCUCAAAUACUGAAUCAAACUAUCCCAAAGGCUUAAUUGUUGCAUUUGCAUUGAAGAGCAUGUCAGGUGGGGAUUCUGAAGAAAAAAAUGGUAAACAGGAGCCAGCCAAUGAUAAUAUAGGUGUUUCUAAGACUGGUGGAGAUCUUGAUUCAACUGAUAAUGCUAAUGAGCAAACAGAUCAGGUCCCAGAAAAUGUUAACAAAAGUGAAGAAAUCUCCGGGGAUAAUGUUGAUAAGGAAGAUGAGGAAAAGCUUGCUGAUGGUUUGCAGAGUGACGGAAAAGAAACUGAGGAUGGAGAAAAGCCUUCUGGAGCUCCUAAUCUAGAUUCUGAAGAUAAGUCCGCUGCUGUUAUCUACAAAGAUAACAAGGAUGUGGUUUUGCGCGAGGAUCUGAAGGGUGUCUUCCAAAAGUUCGGCACUGUUAAGUUCAUUGAUUUUAAGAUUGGAGAAGAGUCUGGAUACAUCCGGUUUGAAGAUCCUGAAGCAGCUCAGAAAGCCCGUGCUGCUGCUGUCCUCUCUGAACAGGGGGGUCUGAUUGUCAAGAAUUAUAUUGCCACUUUAGAACCAGUCUCUGGUGAGGCUGAAAAGGAGUACUGGAGCCUACUCCGCGGUAAUCAAGAAAAAUCCCGUGGAAACAAAGGUUCCCGUGGAAGGGGAGGUAGACACCAAAGAGGUGGGAAACACUCUCGCUCAAGAGAUAAUGACACCGCAACAGGUCGCCCAUAUAAAGCUCAAAAAGUUUGAUCCACAUGGGAGUUUUCUGUAAACCCUUAAAAUCUGUUUAUGGAUAAAUUUUGUGACACCUUAAGAGAUUUUAGGCGAAAUGAGUACAAUGUCGAUUCUGGUUCAAUGGGAUCUGAUCACCAUAGAACGAUAACUUGUAAUUUUUUUUUUUUUUUUCUUCUUUCUGCCAAUGUGACUUAAAAGAAAAUUUAAUGAUAUAUUUCUUUUUUUGCAA